AUGGUGGACGGGACUUACCAACAGGCUUGUCCCCAGCCACCCUUCCUAGGUAGGCAGUACGAGUCCAGGUUGCGGUCAGCACAGAGCUCCCACGCCGUCUCCACAACGACAAGAGACCACAAUCCAUCCUGCAGGCCAGGGGCGGGGUUAGGAGCCAUGCUGUUUAAAAACCCGGGGGCGGCCAUGCUGCUCCUGCUGUCAGUGCAGUUGGUGCGCUCCGUGGACAUCCCCGCUGUGACCCAUGAGUUCACCGCCUACAGGAUGCAGCAGUACAACCUGCAGCAGGAGAAACACGGUUGCCGUGGCGCUAUAGUGGUCGCCGAGGGACAGUGGGUGGACGACCCGGGCCUGAACCGCCGCUGCGUCAUCAUGAAGCUCCCAGACUUCACCAUGCACCGGUACCGGGAGGCCCUUCGCCAGAACGCCGCCGCCGUCCUCAUCCUGUUGCCCAGCAACAUCUCCGCAGUCCCCCAGGAUGUCAUCCAGGGCUUCAUGGUCACUGAGGCAGAGACACUGCGGAACCAGACCCUGAUACCUGUGUAUGUUGCUCCGGAAGACGAGCAGCUGCUGUUCAUGUAUGACCAGCUCAAGAUGGCCGCCGCAGCCAAGGGAUUGUCCAUACUGGUGCGAGUCUUCUCCAGCAUGGUGAUAACGAGUGGGUUUCAGAUAAUAGUGAGCAACAACUCUCCAAUCAAACCUGUCACCGACACAGCCAUCGUCACACUGGAGGGAGUGCUUCCAGGGAAGGGGGAGGACCUACCCACCAUUGUAAUCACCGCCCACUACGACUCCUUCGGCCUCGCCCCUUGGCUGUCAUACGGAGCCGAUUCCAACGGAAGCGGGGUGGCCAUUCUCCUGGAGCUGAUCCGUCUCUUUCACCAAUUGUACAGCGACCCCCGCAGCCACGCACCGUAUCACCUCCUUUUCUCUCUAACGGGUGGUGGCAAGUACAACUUCCAAGGUACCAAGCGAUGGAUAGAGGAAAAUAUGGAUCACGCGGAAUCUAGCCUCCUUCAUGACAGUGUGGCAUUUGUGCUAUGUUUGGACACUCUGGCCAAUGGAGAUGGACUCUUUCUGCAUGUCUCCCGCCCGCCCAAGCCUGGCACCCCUCAGUACGCCUUCAUCAAAGAGCUGGAGCAGGUGGUUUCUUCCCGGUUUCCCUGGGUGAAGCUAGGAAUGGUCCACAAGAAGAUCAACUUGGGGGAGUCCACAGUGGCUUGGGAGCAUGAGCGGUACGGCAUGCGUCGGAUCCCAGGGUUCACUUUGUCUCACCUGGAGGACCCACGGUCGGAGCAGAGGGGCUCCAUCCUGGACACUAUCUCGCAGGUGGACAUCAGGAAGCUGAAACGCAACGCUGUCAUCAUCGCUGAGGCCCUCGCCCGUUUCAUGUACAACCUCUCCGACAAGGGUUCCCCAAAGGAGCUGCAGGUUUUUAAGGGCCAAAUGGAGAUACAGGACAGCCGUCUGUCUGCACUGAUGUCCUUCCUGUCCUCUGUCCCCCGGGCCACCCAGUUGCUGGAUAAGGAGCCUGCGUUGCUCCUCCUGGUCAACACUCUAGAGCAGCAGCUGAGCCGAUACCUGCAGCAGGUGCUGAGGCACACCUUCCGCCCUGACCGCAGGGAGCCGGAGAUCACAUUCUUUGACCAGAUGAAUCAACCAAUGAUGAUGUACAGGGUAAAGCCAGCUGCAUUUGACCUUUUCCUUGGUGGCUGCAUCACUGCCUACUUGGGAAUAAUUUACUUUGCUGUUCAGCAAUUUUCACAGCUGUACACCAAGCUCACCAAAAUGGCUAUGAGAUCCAAGCAGCAGUAA